CUUGUACCUGGUAUAUGAUGUUGUGACAGGGAGUGCGAGAGAGUGGAAUCAGACCAUCGUUCUCACGAAAUACUCUUACUUUUCUCAGCAACCUAGACCUUUAGUCCAAUGUCUUAUGCGAAAUAUGCGCGCGCCUUUGCAAGGGCACGGUCAGAUAUCUUAAGAAGCACCGUGAGCUCAAGCCACAGGCUGCGGUCCACUUUAGCCUCAAGGAACCCGGCCCCGGUGGAAGAGCCCCCUGUGGAGUCGUCAUGUACAGUGGUGAAGAAACCUGCGCUGGUGGAUCUGAUCAAUCAGACGAGCACGGUCCCCACCACCCAGACCGACAUGUUCUACAUCGACUUUGAAAACACGCAAGAAGCCUACAAGAGCAAAGACACGCUCGAGCUACUCAGAAGUUUUCUGGUUUUAAAACUUUGCACUUAUGAUUUCCUGGUUGACAAGAACAAGGAGCUGAUGGAUCUCUGUAAGAAGGUGCUGGGGCAGAAGAUGUUUGAGUGGCUGAUGAAGAUGACGUUCUACGGGCAGUUUGUGGGGGGAGAGGAUCAGGAGAGCAUCAAGCCACUGGUCCGGAAGAACCGAGCGUUUGGGGUGGGAUCCGCCUUGGACUACAGUGUGGAGGAGGACCUCACCCAGGAGGAGGCCGAGAACAAGGAGAUGGACUCAUGUGUGUCCCAGGCAGACAAAGAAGAGCCUGAAGACAGUCACAGAUUGGCCUACUGUCCAGAGCAUGAGUCGUUGGAGCACCGCGAGAAGAAGUACCAGGCCCACCGUCGCUUUGGCGACCGGCACGGGGGGGUGAUCAGCGCCCGCACGUAUUUCUACGCCAACGAGGCCAAAUGCGACCACCACCUGGAGACCUUCCUCAACUGCAUUCGUGCCUCAGGGGGAAGUUCUGAGGAUGGUUUCACUGCCAUUAAGAUGACGGCUUUGGGACGACCUCAGUUUCUGCUGCAGUUCUCUGAGGUUCUGGUGAAAUGGAGGCAGUUUUUCAGGUUCCUUGCAGCCCAGCAGGGAAAAGGCAACAUGGAGGCACUGAAGCAGAAGCUGGAGCUGGAACAACUGCAGGAAAGUUUGACUAAACUGGGUGUGGCCACCAGAGAUGACAUCCAGAACUGGUUUACUGGAGAGAAGUUAAGCUCCUCAGGAACCAUAGACCUUCUGGAUUGGAACAGCCUGAUGAACAGCCGCACCCGGAUCUCCAGCCUGCUGCUUGUGCCCAACAUGGAGACAGGUCAGUUGGAGCCCCUGCUCAAUAAGUUUACUGAGGAAGAGGAGCAACAGAUGAAGAGAAUGCUGCAGAGGAUGGAUGUUCUAGCCAAGUACGCAGAGGAACAAGGGGUUAGACUCAUGGUGGACGCAGAACAGACCUACUUCCAGCCCGCCAUCAGCCGACUGACCCUGGAGAUGCAGAGAAUCUUCAACACCCACAGACCCGUCAUCUUCAACACCUACCAGUGUUACCUGAAGGAGGCCUAUGAUAAUGUGUCCCUGGACGUGGAGCUGUCGCGGCGCGAGGGGUGGCUUUUUGGGGCCAAGCUGGUGCGCGGCGCAUACAUGGACCAGGAGCGCAGGCGUGCGGCAGAGAUCGGCUACGAGGACCCCAUCAAUCCCGACUACGAGGCCACCAACCGCAUGUACCACAGGUGUCUGGAUUAUAUUCUGGAGGAGGUUGGACACAACAGGCAGGCCAAUGUCAUGGUGGCAUCUCACAACGAGGACACAAUCAAAUACACCCUGCAGAGGAUGAAUGAGAUGGGUUUGUCUCCCAGGGAGAGCCUGGUGUACUUCGGUCAGCUGUUGGGCAUGUGCGACCAGAUCAGCUUCCCCCUGGGCCAGGCCGGUUUCCCGGUCUACAAGUAUGUACCGUACGGCCCCGUGAACGAGGUCAUCCCGUACCUGUCACGCCGCGCCCAGGAGAACCGCAGCUUCAUGAAGGGCUCGCAGCGAGAGCGCCACCUGCUGUGGACAGAGCUGAAACGCAGGCUGCUGAACGGCCAGAUCCUGUACAGGCCUGCCUACUGAAGGAGGGGCCCCGACGGCCCUCCCCCCCCCCCGUCUCUAACAUUCCGGUCUACGCGCCGCAGGGCACAGGCAUCCGUGCGUCUCUAAAAACAACCGAGCUGCACUUUUUAGGAGCGUCUGCUUUCGCGCCUUCAGACCAAGCCUCGCCGAAAGCUCUGGUGCCCCCUGCUGGCCGACACAGGCCACUGCUGACAGCACCGAACAGGCCGAGAACAACGUGGUCUGUUUCCUCCUAGCUGCCACUCGUGAUUCAGUCUAGUAACUUGAGUUAAAUAUCACAUGUGAUUAUUUAACUCAAGAUAUUAAAUAUCUUGAGGUAAAUAAUCAGACACGAGUUGAUCCAAAGUACUGUAACUUCUGGCGUUCACAUAUUAUCAGAAGUACUGUGAAUAUUUGAUUCAGAAGUGCUUAAUUUAUAUCCAGCAUGCCACUGUCUAAUGGGUACCAAGUGCAAUGUAGUGCUCACUUGGAUAUACUACCUAUGUACAUUUAACAUUCACUCAGAUGUAACCUGUUAGACAGUCAAUCAUUUGCAUGUGAUAUGUAACCUGUUAUUUAUGCUAUGACUUCCAUGCACAGUAUGUUUAUAGUACAGUGCAUAAGCUUCCGGCACAAGUUUGAAACUGUGCUAAAAAAGCACAUGAUACAUUUAAUAUUUUACUGACUGUGUGAGGAAUUCUGCUGAAUUAACUUAUUUUUUGGUUUUGGGCACCAAAGGAAUUGCAAAGGAACCACAGUGAAUACAAAGCUGGAACUCCAGGGUGUAAAAUGGGAUUUUAAGAUGUUGUAUAACCAGGAUUUUGAUGGGUCAUUGCCUUGCAGAAAAGAACGUUGUUAAAUAGAAGUUUUAACUUCACUUUUGUGAUUGCUAAUACUGUAUUUAAAUAGGUCACAGAUACAGUGCCCUCCAAAAGCAUGACAACAGUAGAGUGAAUUUUGUUUGGUUCGUAUUUUAGCUAUAUACCUAAGGCAUUUAGAAUUGCGAUCACAAGAUCAAUAUGAGACUAAAGUACAGACAGCCAGCUUUUAUGUCAUGGUAUUUGCAUGCAGGUGUGUUUUACCAUUUUACAGAACUGCUGUAUGUGUGUUGUCCCCUCAUUUUCGAUUGUAAGUUCAAAAGUAAGUUAACGGAUGUCUAACAAGUGUUAACUGUUGCGGAAAUGUGUUUCCAUUUGAAUGGAUUUGACCGCAGAUAAAAGGGCAGCGUUGUCUAGCCUUGGUUUUAGCCUUUUUGUUUUCAUCUGUGGAUAUUGCAUUUGGAGUCAGUGGCACACGCUGUCGUGAAGGUCAGAGGACUAACUAUGGCUGAAAAAGAGCUAAUCUGUAAGCUGAAAGCUCAGAAGAAUUCACUAAGAAGGAUAGCGUUACCAUGCUUUUGGAAGGAACUGUGUCUUCCUACAAACAACAUGGUUUAUAGAUUUCAUGUUUUAAGAUUUUAUUUACAGUCCAUUUACCAUUUAAUUUUCACAUGCAGCACAACAAUCACAACAUUAAACUAGAUUGGUUACAAAUAGUGAAAUAUUGUUUAUGCAGGCUGUGCUAAUUUAUAAUGAGAGAUUAUUAAACAGCAGGGCUGAGCAGGUUGCUCUGGUACAUUAUAACCAUUAUUAAUCUGUAAGAUUAAUACAGUAUUAAAGCCAUGUUUCUGUAGCUGAAUAUGAAUAUUUUACAGCAUAUUUACAUCCUUACAUGUGGUAAUCUUUUAAAACAUGAAACAAUUUAUGGAAUGUGUUAAUUUGUUAGAAAAUGGACCUUAUUGAAAAUAAGGAAAGAAGAGUAGCAUUGUGCAUGUGUAACAUUGCACGUUUUUAAAAUGUAUGGUGAAUUACAUUUAUGUGAUGUUAUGUUCCAUUGUUUUAUUUCAUAUUUAAAUCAUUGCUUUUCUUUGCUAAAUCAUUGGCCAUAUUACAUGGCAUAUAUUGUUGACCAUAAUACUGUUGAGUAAUUUUCUUUGAAAGCUGUUUGGAAGUGAUAAUAAGUUCUGUGAAGUGCUGAGAAUGAUGCAUGCUUUAAGCAAAGAAAUGAAGCCAGAUAUCACAUACAGCCUGACAGACCAGUAGUAGACAGUUAAACAAAUAUGAACGCAUCCUUUGCGGGAGUAUUCUUUUCAGAAUGCUGAUGAUGUAUAAAUGAUCGACCUGUGGAUUCACCUCUCCCCA